UCGGUCAUUUACCUGAAGAGACAGCAGUGGAGAGACAGAGAUUGUCCGAGAUCAACACGAACUCGCCCGGCUUCCAGCACAGCUCCUGGCAACCGGCCCGCCCGUCCAGACAGACCCACCUGGACCGUUAUCUGCUCUGUGUCUCGCCAGUCAGCAGCUUCCGUUAAGUAUCAGAGACCAGUUUCCCGUGCUACAAAAGUUCAGAGCCCACACAACAACAAACUGAAUUGAGAAAGCACCAAGAUGUGUAAAUAUUUGGAAGGUUUUAAAGCAAAGGAAAGACUACUUUGCUGCCUGUUUUUUAAACACACAGCCUGGUUAUGUUAGCAUCCCUUGUUGCUUUUUUUUCGUAACUAGUUUUUAAUGGGCACCUUAGUAUCACUGGUAACCUAAUGUUGCACUAAUUUCUCCCUUCUUCUUUUCUGCUCUCUGGCUGGCUGUCUGCACAGAUACUCGCGCAUCUUGGCUUCCAAAGGUUAACAAACGAUAGUUUUAAUGUUCGUACUGAACAGUAACGCAAGCUCGUACUUUUCUCGCUGCCUUGGUUAACCUUCUGCUGCAGCUGCUUGUUACCCUGUUGCCUUAUGAACACAACGAAUAUUCAGUGAAGGCAAGCACAGAUCCUGUGUUUUUAUUUAUUUUUAUUUCUUGUCCUAAUUAAACACCAUGAAGCUUAAUACCGAAGUGUCCACCGUUGUCUUGCUGCCUGUCUACCUGUUAAUGUUUGUGUACAGUACUCUUACAUUUAUACCAUGGUAUUUUCUUACCAACGCAAAGAAGAAAAAAGCAAUGGCAAAAAGAAUAAAAGCUAAACCUAUGUCAGACAAACCUGGAAGUCCGUACAGGGCCAUUAGCCACUUGGAUUCACUGGCCACCAUAGACAUUCCAGGAGCCGACACGCUGGACAAACUGUUUCAACAUGCUGUGGCAAAUUUUGGAAAGAGAGACUGUCUGGGCACAAGGGAGCUGCUAAAUGAAGAGAAUGAAAUGCAACCUAAUGGAAAAGUGUUUAAGAAGUUAAUUCAGGGAGAUUAUAAGUGGUUAUCCUAUGAAGAUGUUAAUGUGAAGGUGACCAAUUUUGGAAGUGGUCUGGCUGCGCUUGGGCUGAAACCAAAAAGCACUGUUGCCAUUUUUUGUGAAACCAGAGCAGAGUGGAUGAUCACAGCACAAGCAUGCUUUAAAUACAAUUUUCCUUUGGUCACAUUGUAUGCCACUCUGGGUGAGGAGGCCGUAACUUAUGGUCUGAAUGAAUCUGGAGCCACCCAUCUCAUUACUAGCUCUGAACUCCUGGAAACCAAGUUGAAGAAUGUUCUAUCAGAAAUUAGUUUCAUUAAACAUAUCAUCUAUGUGGGCAAGAGAAAUAUUAAUAAGGCAGAGUAUCCAGAAGGCCUACAGAUCCAUGAAAUGGAGUCCAUUGAAGAUUUGGGUGCAAAACCAGAGAACUUGAGCAACCCUCCAAGCCGACCUCUACCUACCGAUCUGGCAGUUGUGAUGUAUACCAGCGGCUCUACUGGCAGGCCCAAAGGAGUAAUGAUGGUUCACAGCAACCUAAUCGCUGGCAUGGCCGGGCAGUGUGAAAGGAUACCAGGCUUAGGGCCCAAAGAUACUUAUAUUGGCUACUUGCCUCUAGCACAUGUUCUUGAAAUGACUGCAGAAAUUUCCUGUGUGACCUAUGGCUGUAGAAUUGGUUAUUCAUCUCCGCAAACACUGUCCGACCAGUCUACCAAAAUAAAGAAGGGAACUAGAGGUGAUUGCACAGUUCUAAAACCUACGCUGAUGGCUGCAGUGCCUGAAAUAAUGGAUCGAAUUUACAAGAAUGUAAUGAGCAAAGUUCAAGAAAUGAAUGUAUUUCAGAGAACUUUGUUUAAGCUUGGCUAUGACUACAAGCUGGAGCAAAUCAAGAAGGGGUAUGAUGCUCCCAUAUGCAAUGUGUUACUUUUUAAAAAAGUGAAAGCUUUACUCGGCGGCAAUGUGCGCAUGAUGCUGUGUGGAGGUGCUCCUUUGUCUUCUCAGACUCAGAGGUUUAUGAACAUCUGUUUUUGCUGUCCUGUUGGCCAGGGAUACGGUUUAACAGAAACAUGUGGAGCUGGCACGAUCACUGAAGUUUCUGAUUACAGCACAGGCAAAGUAGGAGCUCCACUUACCUGCUGUGAAAUUAAACUUCGUGAUUGGCAAGAAGGUGGAUACACAAAUGAGGACAAGCCACAUCCAAGAGGGGAGAUUAUCAUUGGAGGGAAGAAUGUUUCCAUGGGAUAUUUUAAAAAUGAUGAAAAGACUUUAGAGGAUUUUUAUGUGGAUGAGAAUGGCCAGAGGUGGUUUUGCACUGGUGAUAUUGGAGUAUUUCACCCUGAUGGCUGCUUGCAAAUAGUUGAUCGUAAAAAGGAUUUGGUGAAGUUGCAAGCUGGAGAAUACGUGUCUCUGGGUAAAGUUGAAGCAGCAUUGAAAAACUGCCCACUUAUUGACAACAUCUGUGCUUAUGCAAACAGUUUCGAGUCUUACGUGAUCAGCUUUGUAGUUCCUAAUCAGAAGAAGCUGACUGGUUUAGCACAACAGAAAGGCAUCGAAGGCACAUGGGAGGAGAUCUGUAACAAUCCCACAAUGGAGGCAGAAGUAUUAAGGGAGAUUAAGGAGGUGGCAAGCUCAAUGAAAUUAGAACGCUUUGAAAUUCCAAUUAAGGUACGUUUAAGUCCUGAUCCCUGGACCCCUGAAACAGGCCUUGUAACAGAUGCCUUUAAACUGAAGAGGAAAGAAUUAAAGAACCACUAUCUAACUGACAUCGAGCGGAUGUAUGGAGGCAAAUAGGACCCAAUGGAAUAUAGGAGACAACACUUAUUUAUUUUUCUUUAUUUGCUAUUUUUGUUUUUUUGAAAACAGAGGAACAUCCUUCUGCAGAUUGUAUCAGCAAUGUCUACUUUUGUUGUGACCAUGCAGAGUUAUGCAGUUAAUACUGAAGACUGUAUUUGUAUUUUUUGAGGGCUGCACUCAAGUUUAAAACCACUGACAGGAACCCAUCAGAAUCAUAACCUAAUGCAUUGCUUACAUCUACUCAAUUAUAUAUGCAUCAUGCUGUCAUGUUCUUUCUGAUCAGCUAAUUUUGGGGUAGCCAGCUUUCGAUUAAUUGACUAAAACCCCUACCAACAAACGAUGUGCACUUUUGACCUGUUGUGGCUGAACAGCCAACGGUGUGGCCACUCUCACUUGAACAAAUGGGCAUGUAAAACUGUUUUGGUAGGAAGUAAAUGUUGCUAGUUGAUAAGAACUUUUAAAAUUGCUUCAUUUCAAUUAUAUCUACCAAAAAUGUCCAGACCCUUACUUGUAACAUGGUUGGGCUUUGCAUCUUUAAGUAUUUAUUAUGCAAUUCAAGAAAAAAAAUGGUUGUAGCAGCAGGGUCUUGAUUUCCAAAGUAAUAACACACUGUGUUAAAUUAGUAACACACUGUGUGUAAGGGCAAUCUCUCAAAUUUAUACAUUUAUUUCUUCCGAGUCGGGCAUUUUCCUUCUGUUUAAUAUACCAGCCUCCGUUAUUUUAGCAGAGCGAUCCAUACAGUAAUUUUUGCAUGGAAUUUUCAUUAAGCUGCAGAAUAAGGUUUUAGCAUACAACAUCACUUGCUUAUCUGCCAUUGUAGAUGGAUAACUCUUUUCUACAUAGCUUGAUUCUCUCAUGCUGCAGUGUUUAACAAGCCUGUAAUGAUGAUAUGAAGAGACGUUACAAUUAUAAUAUAUUUGAAAAGAAUGGCAAACAUUAAAAUGCUAAUAGUGACUUGACUUUUUUUAUUACCUGUGUUUGCUGCAAAUCCCCAGAAGUUGCAGCAUCUGCAGGGAGCUCUACGGUGACCUGGAAAGGGAUGAAAGCUCUAAACUUGUUUCCCUACUCUUCCAUUCUCGAAUAGAUAUCUGUGGGAUAUGAUGUUCCACAUUUAAAAAGAAAACCUAACAAAACGUAAGGUUAUCAGAUGCUCGAUGUAUAGCAAAAAUAUAGAUGGGUGUAAGCCUGCAACACAUACAAAGCUAGGAAAGCCUGCUAGAUUAAGAAGGGGCUUCUGUGGUUUGUAUGGAACAUACAGGUAGUUGUGCUGGUGCGUGAGAGUGAGACUUACAGCUGCAGCAACUUGUUCAAAUCUCUGUAGGUUGAAGGGAGAACUUUAUAGGGUGCUAUUAGCUCUAUAACCUAUGCAAGAAGCAAUGAUUAUAGUGUUUGCAAAUAUGAUUGCAAACCACAUUUAAAAAGGGACAUUCAAAAAACUAAUCGUUUAGAAUGUAGAUUGUGAGAUGUGUGGAGAGUCUUUAUAGAUUUCUGCUAUAAAGACUAUCCACACAUCUAUACUUCCAAAGAAAAACACUCUCCUCCAUGGAAACAAGUUACAUCUUAUACUUUUAGACCUCUGUACCAGUUGUUUUAUAUCAAAAGCCUUUGCUGUAUAGGUCCCCUAGUUUUCAGUGUCUCUGUAGAGGCACUACAUUGACAAAAUACCUUUUAACCCUCACAAUGCUAACACCGCAAUAGAUUGCACCAAUUCUGAAUAUGUUCAUUAAGUCCAAUCACUUUUUGCUCUUAUUUAUUUUUUGUUCUUUAUUUCUAAAAUGCAAAGUUGGACAUCCUACUAUCCCAAAGACCUAGGAAUACAUAUCUUUAUUGUAACUGCUACGGGUGAUUACUAUACGAUGGCAAUGGAUGCCUGAUCACGAGAGUUUUGUAUUUCAUUUUUGUGUUAAUUGAAGAUAUAAAGUAUACUGGAAAUGUUAAGUGUCUUUUCAUUGUGAUAAUCCACAUAAAACAGGGACUGCUGCAGUCGUGGUCACUGACCAACAAUUACCCUGUUGUAGAAGUUUCUUUAGAAGAAAACAAUGGUUUAACUUGUAUAUCUGCUGUAGUUACGUAGUGUACCCAUAAAACCAUAGAUAUGGGGGAAAAAGUGGAUUCAUAAUUCUGAUGUACUUUGCACUUUGUAUUUUGGUGGAUUGUUGAUAAUUUUGGCCUGUUUGUACAGUUGUCAUCUAAAGAAGUUUCUUAAGACCUUAUGCUAUUUAUUAGGGAAAUCAAAAUAUAUUUUGAAGGGUAUUUAAAUCACAUGUAUAUGAAGACAUGACUCUUCACUGUAUGAAAGUUUGAUAUUUUUGUUGUGUGAGUAGAUUUUAUUGUCUAUACUCUUUGUGUGAUUUUUUUUUUCCCUUCUUCUUCUGUAUAUCUUGGGAUAUUUUGGCAAAUUUUUAUAUAUAUUUUUUUUUCCUUUCACUAGAACAAAUUCCAAACUCUUUAUAGAAUACAAUUUUGAACUCGCUUGUAAAUGAAUUGGGUCUGUGAUAUCUUAAAACUAACCUCUAGAGUCUUUUGUAAAGUCAUCAAGCUGGCUUGAAGUAAUGGUUCAUAGUAACUUAUUGUACUUUAAUGUAGCAUGGUAAAGACUUGCCCAAUAUCGCUUUUGGUAAAGGAACACUGCCACAAAAGGGACCACUGUUUUAUUUUUGUGUUUGUUUUCUGGACAUAUCAAGUUAUUAGUCCUGUAGUUUUUUUUUUUUUCUUUGUUUUUAAUUUAUCAUUUUUGACUUGGUAUUAAGAAUCUUGGUUCUUGUAGAACAACUGUGAGCCUCUUACUGACUUGGUGAAAUGGAUAUGAAAUUUUUUAACUUUCAUUUAUUUAAAUUUAUUUUUUUUUGUCACUUUUUUAAAUGAUCUUUGUACAAAAUCCCUUUUGUGUGUCUUCAAUGUCUAGCUUGUUUUCUGAUUGAUGUAGGAUUACAUUUUCAUUGAAUACUGUAUUUAGAAAAAUGGUCUCAAACUCGAAAUAAUAAAACUGUUACAAAUUA